AUGGACUCGUCCGUCGCCUCAACGCCGCGGGGCCUUCCUCGCCCAUACGAUGCCACCUUCUCAGCAGCGACUCCCAGCCUCCGUCUACGCGCACGAAGCGACGAACCCCCUUCAAGUCAUCGCGCGUUCCGCACACCAAAGCAGCCCCGAAGAGACUACCUCGAUAGCUCAACACACAAGGGAUACUCUGCCUCCACCAGGAAGAACAAUGCGCCAACACCACACGCCAGAGCAGCGUCGCAGUACCUCGACCAACGGCGAGCAGCCAUGACGCCAGGUCGAAGGCGCCAGAGUGUCGGCGUACGGCGCCGGGAGUCCCUCUUUGACAACCUGAGGGCUUUGAGUCAAGCGCUAGCGCCGAGAUCUAAGCCCGUGGAGACGUCAUCGUCACCGCGGGAUGUGCCCUCGAGAUCUAGGCGCUCAACGCGCGCCGCGCAAGACGACGACGACGAUGAGCUCCCGAUAGACAGGCCCGAGAUGACACUGCCGCUUGAUAUGGAUGACGACUCGGAUCUGGUACCGCCGCGCUCAUCGAUCCUCGAAGACCCCACCCUGGAGCUUCCACGGCGAGCCUAUAGCGAAGCGCCAUCACGCCUUUCGCUCGCCAGCAGACGCCUGUCUGAAUUCUACAAUGUGAGGGAUACCCUGAGCGACGAAGACGCACCCGGCCAAGGCUUCUUCCCAUCAAUGGACGCAGAUGAAGGCAUGGAUGACGAGGGUGCUGUGGAUGCAACCUUGGAGCGCAUUGAUGAAGAGCGCCGCGAGACUCUUGGCGGCCGGCCGAGUGACUUUGGCUUCGCCAUUCCGCAAGAUGCAGACCCCGACGCAUCCACUUUCAUUAUGGGCCUGGGCCCCCAGAGCUCACCGACGCGGCCCGUCGACGUUGCACCCGAUGAAAUAGAGGUCGAUCUUGGUCCUGUAAUGGAGGAAGACCCAAGCGCUCUGAUGGAAGCUACCUUUGACGCGCUGGCAAGCGAUGCCAACCAGCCUGACCCGUUUGGCGAAGCAUCGGGUGAUGAGACACUGAACGAGGAAUUGCCGGAUGCCGAGGUGACGGCUCACAGCGAGAUCGAUAGCAAGCAGCGAAAGCCCCGGGCAGGAAAGGCAGGCUGGAAGAGGUCGAAGCACGGCCACUCCUACCCCCCGUUUCCCUCUACCGUGGUCAAACGAGUUGCCGAGCAGUUCGCGCGCACCAGCGGCAUAUCCAAUCCCCGCAUCGGCAAAGAUACGCUGGCGGCGCUGCAGCAAGCGACUGACUGGUUCUUCGAGCAGGUCUCUGAAGAUCUGGGCGCGUACGCGGCGCACGCUGGGAGGAGGACGAUUAACGAGAGUGACAUGGAACUCGUCAUGAAGAGGUAA